AUGCUUUCCUGUUUAGACAUGUACAAGAUAAGCAAGACCCUGUGCGCCGCUCGCAACAGGCCAGACGUGCCCUUCGGUGGCGUCAACAUGAUCUUCGCAGGUGACUUUGCUCAGUUACCACCUGUCCAUGGCGGAGAGAAUGCUUCUCUGUUCAGUCGCAAAAUAGGACGAUACAGCACAGACUCUCAAAGUCAACAAAAGGCGCUGGGGAAGGUGCUUUGGCAUAUGGUAACGACAGUGGUUCUGCUUAGAAAGAACAUGCGGCAACAAGGUGCAUCUGUAGAUGAUUUACGCAUGCAGCGCGCCCUUGAAAACAUGAGGUACGGGACGUGCGACGACGCAGACAUACAUUGGAUUGCAACAAGAUUCUUGGGCUCAAGGUAUUGUCACGACCGACUGUCGGACGACCGGUUCCGCAACGUAUCCAUAAUAACUGCGAGAAAUAUAUGCAAAGACAGCAUAAAUGAUCUUGGCGUCGAACGGUUCGCAGCGGAAAGCAACCAGCGACUGAAGCAUUUCUUCUCUGACGACUCGAAAUCCAAUGGCGGCAAAGGUGGACCGAAAGUCCCUCUCAAUCCCUUGCUACAGAACAUUGUUUGGAACCAAGCACCGUCCAUGAACGAUAGGAAGAUGCCUGGACGUCUCUCUUUAUGCGUCGGCAUGCCCAUUAUGAUCAGAGCCAAUUCAGCAACUGAGCUUUGCAUGACCAAAGGCCAAGAAGGGACUGUAUACGGAUGGACGGAGACAACAGGGACAUUAGGCCAACCCGUGUUGAACACUUUGUUCGUGAAGCUCAUAGAUCCUCCGACAAAUGUGAACCUUCCAGGACUUCCAGAAAAUGUUGUGCCGAUUGUUAAGACGUCAGCUACCAUAAAAUGUGACCUGCCCUAUCAAGUCAAUGGUCAUUCAAACUACACAAUAACUCGGAGUCAAGUUGAAGUUCUACCAAACUUUGCGAUGACCGACUACGCCUCCCAAGGAAAGUCAAGGCAUACAAACGUUGUAGACCUGGAGUACUGCAAGGACCAUCACGGCAUUUACGUCGCUCUCUCGCGCGGUAGAACGUCCGACGGUACUCUCAUUGUCAGAAAAGGAGACCUCCGUAAACUGAAAAAGAAGUGCAGUGGCGCCUUAAGGCAA